CGCGCAUCCCCCACUUCCAAGGUUCUUUCUUGAUCAGCCCCCAAAUCGUCCCAACCUCGCCUGAUAGCAUCUUGCUUUAUUAUCCCCAACCCCAAACCCACAGUCUCCAUCCCCCAUCCCUCCUUUCCAUCAUUUAAAUACAUACGUGCGACAUCAACGUCAUCACUGGUUUGCGCAAGUCCUAUCUCUCCAGUCCCAAUCAUCAUUUUCCCUCCAUCUCUUUUUCCUUCUUUUACACUUUACCAAUCAUUCGUUCACCCCCAUUGGCAGUGCAGGUUUGCGGAGACCAAAAUUCAGCAGCAUCCUAUUGCAUCAUCACGAUAUCCCAAAUCGUCAAAGCUUAACCUAUAAAGCUGCACGUUUCAAUAUUUGAAUCUGAGGCAGCCCACCAACCGCCUAAGUGGGCCGUAUCACAAUCGAAACGUAAUCCAUACAGCAUACGUCUGCUCAGCCAUGUCGGCACCACGAACUAAGCGCCAAUUCGCUGGCGCCGCAAGCGAUCCUGCUCAGCGACAGAUCACAUCGUUCUUUGGCAACGGCGCAUCGCCCCCCUCUCCUUCCAUCAACAAUCAAAACACAAGAACACUGGUCACAUCCAGUCUCGGCCCUCAGCUACCCGCAUCCGUGCAAUCAAAUCUUCUGUCCGUAGGAAUGCGAGUGCGCAAGUCUGUCCCCGAGGGCUACAAAACAGGAAACUAUAGCGCCUUCUCGCUUUGGGACGAGGGAAACUCUGGAGUACCAACUGCAUCAACAACGAUCAUGGGCGAAGGCCGCUCACGAGCAAAUGCUAUCUCGACACCACGCGAGCUGAUCCCCUUCUGCGGAAUCCAUAGAGUCGGCGGGCUAGACACUCAAUCUGAGAACUUACCAUCACUAUCUAUACCAAGCACUACGUAUCAGCCAGUCCUUAGCGUAAACGGCCUACCACUCGACGACAGCAUGAAUGAUGAUGUUCCCGGCCUGACGAGCAGCCAAGAGACGGUCGAGAGUACCGAUUCCGCCUUCUCGCCAGCGAAGACGCGCAAACGGUCCUACACCGAGGACGAAAAUGAAACACCCGAUACCCCAGGCCGCCUCAGCCUCAACGUCAACAUUUGGCGUGACAACUUUGAUGGCGAAAUAAGCCCCCGAAGCCUUGCACCCGUCGGCUGGGGCCCCAGCAAUGGCCGCAUCAUGGCGGUACCACGAAAGACGAAAUUUCGACAGAGCAAACUUGGUGCCGGUUUCCGAGCGCAGAUCCCUGACCAGGAAAAUGUAAUGGUAGUCGAUGAUGCCGAGCACGACUUCGAGGAAGCAGAAUUCCUGGUCAAGGCGGCGGAACUAGGAUAUACGGAUAGUCAGAUGAGCGACGUCUGAACCGUGGGGGCGAUGCGACUUUCGCAUUGAACUCAUGUAAUAUCCAGGAAAGAAGAGAAGGCUGAGGAAUAGUUACGAUAAGACUUCUAAGAAGUGUGUAUUCUUUCAGAUUUGACAUUUUCAAGUUAGCAAGCAGGGAGUUUUACCGGUACUUGCAUUUACUCGUCUGGCGCUACGGAGUUUCUAUCGGUUGUGUUGCGCGGCUCGCAGCAUGCAGUACGUUGCACACCAGGAUAGGAUAGGAUAGGAUAGGACCGGCUUCAUGCUUGGAUCCGGGGUUCACUUGAGGAACAUUACACAAUGAGGCCCACCAGCAGGAAGAAUAAGUUGGUUAGAGGGUCAUUGGGAUUGAUUUUUCGUUUUAAAUGACUUUCCCGGCAUGUAUCAUAUCUUGGGACAUGCAUCAUCAUCAUCAUGAGAACAAAUCGAGAUUGACUUCUGUCUAUUAU